AUGCGACCCCGCACACCUCUCCUCACCUCCCUCCUACCCAUCCCAAACCUCUCUCGACACCUCUCGAUCCUCACCUCCGGGACAACCCCAGCAUGCGCGACCACCCCUCGUCGUCGAUGUCGACCUUUCUCAUCCUCGACCCGCUCCUUGGCGAACGAGCAGGACCAUUAUGCCAAUUUGGGCGUGUCGAGAUCGGCUUCGAGGAAUGAGAUCAAGGACAAGUUCUAUGAAGUCAGUUCUUCAACGAGGAGUGUGGAUCGGGUUGAUGCUCGUCGCCGUCGAGGCGAAAGUUUACCACUCGUGGCUGAUGGGGUGCUUUGGUCGGCUACUGACUCGACUUUGUUCCCUCACUUACGACAGCUCUCUCGAAAGUAUCACCCCGACGCCCCCUCCGUAUCCUCGGAAUCGAUCGAAAGCCGCACAGCACGCUUCCAAACGCUUUCCCAAUCCUACUCCGUCCUCUCCGACGACACCUCUCGAAGACAAUACGAUGCGACCCUCGGCGGAUCAGCCUCGAGUCCCUUCGGCUCUCGACCCCGUUAUAGUUCAGGAGCAGCACAUGAAGUUGGAAGAUCGGGCUUUGGAGGAGGGUCGGGGGCUGCAUGGUCCUGGACGAGUGCGGAGAAUGAAGCGAGGAGGGAACGAGCGAAUUAUGCGUGGGGUCAUCCGACGAGGACGAGGAAGAAUCCGCGUAACGAUGGGCACUAUCAGGAAUAUACCCAGGCUGGGUCAGGUUCGGGGAACCCGUUUCAUCCGAACAGGGAUACGAGGACGAGCGAUGAACAUUUCCAGACCUUUGCGGCGAGGGAGGCGAGGAUGAGGGGGAGGGGUCCAGCGCCGAUGAGUGCGAAAGCGGGGUUCAACUCGUCGGGCAGUAGUCGGUUCUCGACUGGAACGGCCAGUUUUGGGGCCAAGGCCGAUGAGGAGAAUAGAUUGAUCAACGAUAGUUCGACCAAGAGGACGGGACAGGUCAGUGAAGGCCUCUUUUGAACGAGUGGGAGCUUUUCGGGUGCUGAUCUCUCCUCUUUCACAUACCAGGUCGCUCUGGUGUUUCUGACGACGUUCGUGAUCGCCAUCUCAUUUAGUGGCAACAAUAGAGUUUCGUCCACGAUGCCGACGAAUGACAAGCGAAGGCGAUGA